GAGAGAAAAAAGAGAAGGAAGAAAAGAGACAAGGGAUGAGGACGUUGUGCUGUGUGCCUAGAUCCCAUGAGCGGGAGCUGAGCAGCUAGAAGCGGGCCUCGGGCUGACGAUGCUGACCGCAGAUCCGGGACCGCAGGCGGGCUUCUGGAGCGAGCUCAUCCCUUUCGUCUUGGGCCUUAGCGCCGCCUUCUACCUGGGCUACUACUGGGCAUGUGUGCCCCAGAAGCCUCGGCUGGUGGCUGGGCCCCAGUUCCAGGCCUUCCUGAAGCAGCACUGCCCUAUCAUUAUGGAAACAUUCUACCCUACGCCCUGGUGUUUUGAAGGGAGGCUUCAAACUAUCCUCCGAGUCUUUGUGCAGUCUCGGCCCCCUGUCUCCUACCACAGUGAGGUGCUCCAGACACCUGAUGGGGGACAGCUGCUGCUAGACUGGGCCAAAGAACCUGAGAAUAGCCAAUACCCUGACCCUGUCAACCGGCCCACUGUGUUACUGCUCCCAGGCAUCACAGGCAGCAGUCAGGAGACCUAUAUCCUUCGCCUAGCACACCAGGCCACUCUAGAUGGCUACAGGGCCGUCGUGUUUAAUAACCGGGGCUGCCGUGGGGAAGAACUGCUGACCCACAGGGCUUUUUGCGCUGAUAACACAGAGGACCUGGAGACAGUUGUGAAUCACAUAAAACACCAGUAUCCACAGUCCCCACUGCUGGCUGUAGGAAUCUCACUAGGAGGGGUCCUGGUGCUGAACCACCUAGCACAGACAGGUAAUGAAGCAGGGGUGGUGGCAGCACUGACCCUGUCUCCAUGCUGGGACUCCUUUGAAACCACCCGCUCUCUGGAGACACCACUCAAUGCACUUCUCUUCAACCAGUACCUCACAACCACACUCUGCAAAUUUGUGGGACGACAUAGGAAGGUGAUCGAGGAGAAACUGGAUGUGGACUAUGUGCUUAAGGCCCGUACAAUCCGCCAGUUUGAUGAGCGCUACACCACACUGGCCUUUGGCUAUAAAGACUGUGACACCUACUACCAUUCAGCAAGCCCUGGGGCCAAGGUGGAUGCAAUCCGUGUCCCUGUGCUCUGUCUCAAUGCAGCAGAUGACCCAUUUUCCCCACCUCAAGGUGAGUCUCUUCAUCCUCAGCAUUGAGAGGUAGCA